AUGAGAGCGUCCAAGUUAAAGGACCUCGAAACAGGUCAUGGGUCUUUCAAACCAGAGACUUCGCUCUGGCGUCGCGCUGGGCUCUUCUUACUGUACUGCGGCGGGAUAGUAUACGUCUCGAGUCUUCUGUUGUCCAAAACGGUAAUCCAUCCGCCUCUCUUCCACGCUCGCGGUGCCAAGUUCGACCGCAGCGUUGCGCGUGACAAGGCCAUCGUGCUGUGUAUGCACGACAGUGUGGUUCCUAUGGGGCUGUCGCUGGUCCGAGAACUGCGCUGCCUCGGCAGUCAGGAGCUCAUCCAAGUGUACCACUGCUUCCCGGACGAACUAUCGGCCACGUCUCGAGACAAACGUUUUGCUGCAGACUCGCGACUGGAGAUCGUCGACGUGUGCUCGGACCUCGUCGAGAGUGGCAAGCUGGACGAGGAGACAGCCAGACACUUCCGCAGCUGGUGGAUCAAACCAUUGGCUCUGUACCACUCGAACGCCCCCGAGGUGAUGCUCCUAGAUGUGGACGACCUAUUCAUGCGCGAUCCGGCGGUACUACGGACCACGGAAGGCUACAAACGCACGGGUACCACCUUCUUCUACGACCGAGUGCUCCCGAGUGACCAUUUCUUCAACCAUAAAGACGAGAAGAACGUCUCGUACUUGGAGAACGUGCUGCAUACCUUCGACUAUGCGAGUAUUGGCGUAAAAGAAGGAUAUGAGCCGAGUGAGUAUUUGAAGCAGUCAUUUGCGUACAGAGGCGAAACGGCACAUGAACAGGACUCGUCGCUGGUUCUCGUGGAUAAAUCACGAGCCGGACAGGCGAUGGACGCGCUGUGGUGGCUCAUUACGAAGGAGCGCUUCAAGAACGACUUUUCCUACGGCGACAAGGAGGCGUUCUGGCUUUCAUUCGAACUUUCUAAGCAGGACUAUUUCUUCUCUCCCUGGGGAGUCAGCGUUGUGGACUCGUCGACCGAUAGGGACUUGGAGCGCCACAACGACUCGCUCUGCGGUAGUAUCGCGCACUAUAUGCCGAUCGAGGACCAAGAACCCGAGUUCCUAUACGUUAACGGUAAAGCUUUACUGGAUCCGUUUGCGGAGGGACUUACGAGUCACCACACUGCCACGACCAACGUGCUGUACAACACCAACCCAACUCACAUUUCUCCACGUCAAAGGCGAUCUCCGAACCGUGAGACCAAGUCUGGCUUCACAGGGGGAUGGCCCAACGAGUGUCUGCGUGGGUUCGGAGCCGUCCCACUCCCAGACAACUUUGCACCGCAACUUCUACGUCGACGAAUGUUUUACAUGGGCACCCGGAUGGACGUACCCGGCGCACUGCAAGCAUGUUUUCCUUUCAAUGGGUCGAACUCGAAGAGAGCGCGCAUGCGACACUGGACCGCUGUCGUGAAGCACGACCGGCCAACACGAUACGAGCGUAUGCACCGAAACAGCGAGAAUUUAAGGCAUGGUGUGAAAGAAAAGGUUUCCACGAGACUACUCGGUACCAGGUUACUGCAGCCAAAAUGCACUUGUUUCUUCAAGAAGAAGUGGUCGAUCGACAAGUCCGCACCAAAGGUUCAGCCCGCAAAGUUAGUGUUGCUACAGUAG